UAAAAAUAAGAUAGAGGCUUAAAGGUUUCCCACAAGCAGCAGAAGCAAAGGCUUUUUUUCAUACAAAAACAAUAAUGCUCGAGUGGUAUUAACCAUAUCGGAACUGUUACCAUAGAUAUGAUUUUUAGAAAUACUUCUAUAUGCUUGAAUUUGGUUCUAUAUGCUUGAAUUUGGUUAUGCUGUAUAAAUACUAUUAGAAUUGACAUUUGCUUUGAUUUGUUCGUAUGUAUCACAAUCAUUCUUGGUUUUAUGUAUUGCUCUAUGGAUGAUAAAGUAUGACAGGCAUGGUCCUAAAUGGCCAAUGAGGUAAGUGAAUCUGUGCUUAGAUGAAAAGUUAGAUCUUCUUUUCUAUGGAAGUCUCCCUGUCAUACCCUCAAGACUUUCACUUUUGACUUCAUUAAACUGAUGCAGGUAUGUAUUGAUUGCUAAUUAGUAAUUUUUUUUUUUUUCCAUUCAUCUUUAUUAACUUGAAACUGGUGUUCCUUGAAGUUGAUUUUGUUUAUUGUACAGUUAUUCUAUCAUGAAAGUCUCUGGGCUUGUAGAAUAAUCUUUUCAUGAUGGGUUUUUGCAAGGGACCUGUAUGUUGGAGUAACAAGCCCACUUAUAUGCAAAUACCAGUUAAAGUAAAAACUGCCUCCUUUACUAGUUUUGUGUGCUCAUUUUAUCUGGUUCUUGUAUAAUUCACAAUCCAUAUAAUAUUUUGUAUAUUGGUAUUUCCCUUUUGUGUUUUGCUAUGGUGUUACCAUUGCCUUGUUUUAACCUGUCUUGUAGCAGAAGAAAGCAUAACUCAAACAUUUGCUAGGCAUCACCACAGAAUUAUGAAAAAUAUAGCGUACAUACCAGAGUUGUUAGAAAUGAGAUCAUGAAUAUAAACUGAGUUACAUAUGCCAUUUACUAAUGGUAUGAUAAUUGCUAAGGAGAUAGCCUAGAAUAACAUGCAAGAAGCUCAGGAAUCAGGCAUCAUUUACCUCUUAAGAUGCUAUGCAUGAGCUAACUAAUAAACUAACCCAUCCAGUGCUAUGGAAUGAAAAGUUCCUCUACCUGAUUCUUCCAGCUCUGUCUCUUGCUGUCUCAGGUAGCCAAUCCCCAACGUUUCCUACAUAGUAAUCUAUCAGAAAGUAGGUGUGCUCAUUUUAUAGCAGGGAAGAUCUUUCUUAUCAUCUAACUACUGUGCUGCUGAGUUCAACAGCUAUCUAGCACUCUGUUUGACAGUCUUAUCACCUUACUAAGGUAUAGGUAUUUGGGUUAGUAUACUUGGAUCAUGGAAAUAAUUUAGAGGUUUGUGUUUUUAGAAAUACUGAAUGCUUUAGGUUGUAUAAAUUGCCGUAUAUCUCCAAUAGGAGAUGAGAUUUUGUAGAGGCCAAAUAACCCCAAUUGUUAGAAUGGACUCAUAGAAUACUUACUUACUGAUUCCAGGGUUAUUCUUCAGUCACGUCUAAUGGAUUCCCAUCAGGAGUUACUACCAAGAAUAGAUGAUGUAGUAAACCGACCAGGAUGGAAUUUUCCAAGAGAGUGGGGUUCACCUGUAGGCAGGAAGAACAAGCAGAUGACCUACAAACUCCUGCUUCUGCUGGACCAGCUAUCUCCUGGAUCAGCUAACAAGCAUUUAAUGGCAAACACCAAGAGUCAAGUCUCCUUAGAGCAUUCAGGUCAGUUGAUUCAGAUGAAGUAUAAGGCAUAUGCGCUGUUGAUCGCUUCUAAACCUUUAUCACCGGUAGCUGAAGAAGAAGAAAUUCAUGCAACUGAGGGUGAAAUUCUACCUACCAUUUAUCCUUUUUCUCCAUUCCUUCAUUGCAAACAACUUGUGAAAUACAGCGACGAGCAAUAUGAUUGUUUGGCCACGAGUACUCUCUACCCCCACACCCUCUUUAUUCAUUUGAACAUGCCAAGACCACCACAUGAUGAUGAAAAUUUUUGUGGACUAACACUCAUGCAAGCUUUUGGACAUGCUGCUGCCUAUGCAAAAUCAUCACUUAAGAUUGCAAGUGGUGAUUUAGAGACUCCACUUACCCUGCAAGUGGUUCACACUACAGGAAGGAAGUUCCACUUUGGUGUGUUGCAGCUAAAUACCUUGGAUCUCACUGGGCCACGAAAGAACAUAUUCUGGAGUAGUCCAACAGAAACCUUAUUUGAUGUGUGUAAUUUUAAGGGUGCAGCAGCAAAUUUAGAGGGUUACAAUCCCAAAAUUUUUAGCUUGUUAAGGGCAUUCCAUGCCCAGUAGAACUAAAAUUUGUGUUGUAUAUAAAAAUGUAACUGUUUGUAAAAUUAAAAUUGUAAUUAAAUCUGUUAAAUGUU